AUGGCUGCUGCACACCGCUGCCUUUCCCUGCUGCUCCUGUCCACCUGUGUGGCUCUGUUGCUGCAGUCGCUGCCAGGUGCCCGGGGAGUGCCACUGGAGCCAGUGUACCCCGGGGACAAUGCUACACCAGAGCAGAUGGCCCAGUACGCGGCUGAGCUCCGCAGAUACAUCAACAUGCUGACCAGGCCUAGGUAUGGGAAGAGAGAUAAGGAGGACACUCUGGGCCUCUUGGAAUGGGACUCCCCCCACGCAGCUGCCUCCAGGGAGCUGAGCCCCAUGGACUUGUAA